AUGGACAUGUCUGCGGCUUCAACGAAGCGAUCUGCGAGUCAAGGAUCUCUCAACAAUACUUUCAAGCAACAAGGACGAGCACUGCCGAGGAAUCCCACCGCACCUCGUCCACUGAGAAGCGUCAACGAGAACAUGGCUCUGCUCUCGUCGCCUGGUCCCCUUCAAAGCAUGCUGAAAACAACCACAGAAACCGGCGAUAUUGGAGUGUUCUCGAUGGGGUCAUCUCCUGCCGUCACCUCGUUUGGUCACUCGAUGUACAAGAUUUCACGACCCAGACCAAGCCUUGAUCGAACCAGAACCCCGUCCAGGCCCAGCUCAAGAGGAAGUCAGGGCACCCACCGCCGAGAUGACCGGAGACGGUUGCCCUCGUACAGAGACACUACAUCGGAGAUCCUGUCCAUGUAUGGCUCCGGUACAGAUAGCCAGCCCUCGUCCUGUCUCAGCUCGCUGUCACCUCCCGCGGAUGAGAACGGGCAGCGGUCAUAUUCGAUGACAACCUGUGGUUCCAGGCCGCUUCUGAGUUACAAAUCUUCUAAGACACUCAACGACAACUCUGGCACAUGUUCUGCUCAGCGACCUCGUUCCCCCUUUCCAUACCCAACCUGUUUAAAGCGGCCUGGUACGCAGCCUUCUUCCCCUGCUCUGACAGAGAAUGGCAGGAUAGACUACAGUCGGAUGGUUGAAAUCGAUCGACUUUCCUACAGGACAUUUCAAGGACCCCAGCGGCCUAUGAACCCUCAUUGUCAUCGCCGACCGCCUCCGCUGUCGUUACGCAACGAAUGUCAUCGGUCCAACCAGCCAACGAUCCCUCUUAGCACAUCUGCACCCCAAGGGCGGGGCCGGAGCCGUUCAUCCCAGUCACAUGGGCGCUCCAACAUUAGGGGUGAUCACUCUUGUCUAUCAUCCGGUGAUUACAGCGCCAGGUCAUCGAGCUUGACGUCAAUUGUUGAACUCUACCGUCGGCCUGGUCUUCCAUACGAACCGCCCCCUCCUCUUGCACCAGGCGCAUCGUUCUACUACGAUUAUACGGAAGGGUUUGAUAGCUGCGCUCCGCAAGUACCCCCUGUUCACACGCCUGGGCCUCCUUUGGCACCUAUCCCACAACGAGCCUCGAGCUUCAAUCGACCAUUGGUGCUCAGAGAUGAGACACAGGCACGCCUCGAUGCUGUUGUGGAUAUAUCGGUCAAGGAUCUCAGUGAUUCGUCAUUGCGUGACGAAAAUCAUCAGGACGGAACACUCGAGAUUUACUGUGGCGGCAAUCUUGAAUAUGAGGUGGAAAGUACGCGAUCAAUUUCGCGUUAUGAGACGCCGGCACUCGAGCCUGGAGAGACUGGCAACUGUCCUUCUGUGACCGAUCGAGCUGCGUCUGCAGACCAAGGACAACCAUUGCAACCGCCGCUCUUCGAUGCUCAAAAUGAAGAAGUUUUGGGAAAUGCGACGAACGAUCAUCUGCCAUCCACUAGUCAAGGUAGCCACCCAACGCCGUCACAAGAAUCUCUUCCAGCUCCACCACCAACCCAAUCGCUGUGGACGGUGCCAGUUGAAGAGGCACGCCACCAGACCAAGGAGCAAGAGUCUGAGACUGACACUACUGGUCCGAAUUCCACCAGGCCAACAUCUCGACAAUCCAUUGCACCCGAAACGCCUUCAAAGAGAGUCACGUCCUACAAGAGGCUUACGGCAUUACUGCGUGCCAGCCUACACAAUUCUCUGGACCCCGGACUUUCAGAUCUCGCAGCUCUAGUCUCGUCCUUUGACCGCGUUGCAAGGUCAUCAUUCGUUAAGAAGGACGACGACGUUUCAGGAAUACUGGAGAAAGACUUGAUCGCUGUGCUCUCCUCCUGUCAAGGUGAAGACGAAGCCAAGAAAGACAUUUUGUCGAUCGGGCGUCCAUCGUUUGAUUGUAAACAAGAAUCGCCUGCUCAUUUCCACAGAAAGAACAGGCCGGCACCGCAGAUAAAUACGUCAGGGAUUACUGUCGCGAAUGGAGAGAUCUUGUCACCACAGCCUAUCUCUCCUGCCAGGCAGUUGAGAGUACGAAACAGCAUCCCAAAAAUUGAGAAAGCACUUCCUCCAACGCCGUAUAACAGGGCACGGCCAGGCUUGUGGACGGUCGACUCAUUGACAGAAGAUAACUUUUCGUUGAGCUUCUCGCCCUUCCACCUGUCCGACUUGUCAACACCAAAAACCUCUCGCCAUGUUGCUUCAACUUCUAAGACGAAUACGGACGAGCAAGACAGAAACACUCCAUCGCCCGUCAGAAAAAAGCGCUUCCUAUUCAAACUAUCGCCUUCCAUGCGCUCGAAUGCCUCGCAAAGACCGCGAGCGGUUCCAAAUCAUGGAGCUGAGCAAGAUCAAUUGACCCGCAGCGUCCCUCAUACUGGCCCCAAAGAGAUGUUGAAAGGUAUUGCGACCACCAAGCUAUCCCGCCGUGGGCCAAAACCCUUACCUGCUGAGGCUGCGACGUCGGGAGCUGACCAGGAUACGGAGACGUAUGAGGGCACCGUGAGAAGGGCGUGUGGGCAUGACGAAACGUCAGACUCCAAGCAUAUUGACAACAGGAACCCCCGGUGA